GCACGAGAAAUUAAUGUCCACUGACGAUGAGUAUUGACAUGUACGUCCCAGUCAAUUGACCAACCGUAGCGCUAUAAAUCUCAAGCCGAAUGAUUAAUCUCCAAGAGACCGACUCUCUGAAGUUUGAGAGCGCUCUCUCUCUGGAUUCCUAGAAUUCAUAAACAUAGAUAAACAAAGCAAGCUACUGAAAAUGUCUCGCAGGGAAUUGAUUGAGGAUGUGAAAGUUCCCUUACUGAAAGAUUUAGAUUCAACUGCUCCAUCAAAAGAUGAUGGAGAAAAUGAUGAUCUUGCAAGGAGGGUGUGGAUUGAAUCAAAGAAGCUGUGGCACAUACUGGGUCCAUCAAUCUUCAGCCGCCUUGCCUCCUACUCUAUGUUGGUCAUCACCAAUGCCUUCGCUGGCCACUUGGGUGAACUUGACCUCGCUGCCAUCUCCAUUGCCAAUAAUGUCAUCGUCGGCUUCGACUUUGGGCUUUUGCUGGGAAUGGCAAGCGCUUUAGAAACCUUAUGUGGGCAAGCUUUCGGGGCAAAAAAGUACUACAUGUUGGGUGUAUAUAUGCAACGAUCAUGGAUCGUUCUGUUUGUGUGUUGCGUCCUGCUUUUGCCUAUCUAUCUCUUUGCCACUCCUGUGUUAAAGCUAUUGGGACAGCCUUCAGAUGUAGCGGAGUUAUCGGGGAUAGUGUCUUUGUGGAUGAUUCCACUUCAUUUUAGCUUUGCAUUUCAGUUCCCUCUGCAAAGAUUCUUACAGAGUCAACUCAAAACUGGGGUCAUUGCUUGGGUGAAUCUUGCAGCUCUACUGGUGCAUGUGAUUGUGAGUUGGCUGUUAGUGUAUGGGCUUCACCUCGGAGUUGUGGGUACUGCCAUUACUAUAAACUUUUCUUGGUGGAUUUUGGUGUUCGGUCUUCUCGGUUAUACAGUUUGUGGCGGUUGCCCUCUUACAUGGACUGGUUUCUCCAUUGAAGCCUUUUCUGGUCUCUGGGAAUUCGUUAAGCUCUCUGCUGCUUCUGGCCUCAUGCUUUGCUUAGAGAAUUGGUAUUAUAGAAUACUGAUACUAAUGACUGGAAAUCUGAAGAAUGCAAAGAUCGCCCUGGAUGCCUUGGCCAUAUGCAUGACAAUGAAUGGUUGGGAGAUGAUGAUUCCUCUGGCAUUCUUUGCUGCAACCGGAGUGAGGGUCGCAAAUGAGCUUGGAGCUGGAAAUGGAAAAGGAGCUAAAUUUGCUACCAUAGUAUCGGUGGUAACAUCAAUAAUAAUCGGGCUAUUCUUCUGGUUACUCAUUAUGUUUGUUCACAAUGAGUUAGCUUUGAUAUUCACUACAAGCAAACUUGUCUUGGAAGAAGUGAACAAGCUUUCUGUCCUUUUAGCUUUCACUAUUCUUCUGAACAGUGUGCAGCCAGUUCUCUCUGGCGUGGCUGUGGGGUCGGGAUGGCAAUCAUAUGUAGCAUACAUCAACUUAGGUUGCUACUAUCUGGUAGGGGUGCCUAUGGGAGUUUUCAUGGGAUGGGUCUUCCAUCUAGGAGUUAUGGGAAUGUGGGCUGGAAUGAUUUUUGGUGGGACAGCACUUCAAACUUUGAUAUUGGCCAUCAUUACCAUACGAUGUGAUUGGGAAAAGGAGGCAGAAAAAGCAAACAAGCAGCUUAAGAAGUGGGCAGCCAACACAAGCAAGAACAACGGCAAUGUGGUUUCGGAUAACGCGAUAUAGUCGAGGAUUAAGAUCGUUUAUAAUUAAUUUUCUAAUCCAAAUUAUAAUUUUUAUAAUUCAGAGAGAUAAACAUAGUUAAUAGAUUCUGCAAAGUUAAAAACCACAAGCUAGUGAACAAUGUGAGCCCUAACAAUAAACACAAUCGGGUUAGCAUAUUGUGCUUCUAUAUAUCUUUGAAUCGUAGAAAGAGUUUGGGUCAGAAAAACGAUGUAGGGAUUAUUAUUCUUGUACUGUCAAUAAAUUUCUCUGGCAUUAAAAUUAAGCUUUCACUUUCA